ACCAUUCUUUUGAAUUUAUUAUCUUAUUUUAUUUCAUUCCUUUGACUCUAACUGUAACACCGUUCACUUUCUCUCUCUAAAAUUCCCCUCACUUUCUCUCUCUAGGGUUUCAUCUUUCAUAUAUUAUCUCUGCAAUUUCCCCAAGUCGAAAAUGGAAGUGACGUUAAACUUAACGGCAACUGUUCUUCCUUCAUCUUCGUGGAAGAUGAAACCGUCAAUGUUCGUUGGAAGAUCCACUGUAUCGGUUUUCCGGUCCGGUUUACCGUUUCCAUGCAAGCUGAACACUUCUGUACCUGUCUCCAAGCAAGGCCACGGGAGAAAACUCUCUACUGGCAGUAGAAGGGCUUUUGUUGUUAGAGCCGCGUCAUCCUCUGCAGAGUCAUCUGGAUCAAGUUCUAAUAUUGCCCCACUAAAGCUGGAGUCUCCAAUCGGCCAGUUUCUCUCUCAGAUUUUGGUUACUCAUCCACAUCUGAUGUCUGCUGCAGUAGAGCGGCAGCUAGAGCUAUUCCAAACCGAUCGUGAUGGUGAUGAACAAAAGGAUAAGCCUUCUGCUUCAGGAACUGAUUUAGUUUUGUACAGAAGAAUUGCUGAGGUUAAGGCUAAAGAGAGAAGAAAAGCAAUAGAAGAGAUAUUGUACACAUUGGUCGUCCAGAAAUUUAUGGAUGCCGAUGUUUCUUUAAUACCCUCCUUAGAGCCACAUCCUUCCGGUCAAGUUGAUUCAUGGCCUAGCGAAGAUGGAAAGCUUGAGAAGCUUCACUCGCCUGAAGCCUAUGAAAUGAUUCAAAGUCACUUGGCUAUCCUUCUUGGUAAUCGAAUGGGCGACUCAACAUCUGUAGCUCAGAUCAGCAAACUCAGGGUAGGACAGGUCUAUGCAGCAUCAGUAAUGUACGGAUACUUUCUCAAGCGUGUUGUCCAAAGGUUCCAGCUGGAGAAGACAAUAAAAAUUCUACCUGACGAAGCAGAAGAUAAUACCAUUAGCCGAUCUGUGGAAGACAAAACAAGAAUAGCAGGUUUUGAGGUCCCUUCUCAAUUUACGCCCCACCCUGAAGUCCCUGCAUGGUCUGACAGUGGAAUCAGUACAGGUGCAUUUGGUCAAGAGAUAACAGUGUCUAGAUUGCGCUCCUAUAUGAUGUCAUUCGAUAUCGAGACAUUACAAAGAUACGCAACAAUUAGAUCCAAAGAGUCUGUCAGCAUCAUUGAGAAUCACACCGAUGCAUUGUUUGGAAGACCAGAAAUCGCCAUGACACCAGAGGGGAAAAUCAAUUCUUCAAAAGAUGAAAUCAUCAAAAUUAGCAUUGGUGGUUUGAAAAGGCUUGUUUUAGAAGCUGUUACUUUUGGUUCUUUUCUUUGGGAUGUCGAAAGCUAUGUCGACUCAAGGUACCAUUUUGUACUAAACUGAGUUCUGCUCACUCCAAAGGGAAAACAAGUUCAUAUUGCUUGGUACUGAGGAGAACUGAUCAAUUUUUAUUGGCACAAAUGAAGUUCAAAUACUUUUCACUUAUUGGUGUUGUAUAUAGUGGAUUUGGCUUUCACUGAGAAUGGAAAGUUUCUGCAAAGUCAGAUAUUUGCUUGUUUAUUUGUUUAAUUUUGUUAUCACAUCAAAUAUUUAAAAUAAAUUACUAGCUUUUCUUAAUCUUAAUUGCUAAAUAUUUGAUUGCUCUUUGUAACUGUCACAAUGUAUCACUGGAUAAUACUAUUUCAUUGCAUUCUCUCCUAUUUUAUUUUA